GAAUCAAAAGUGUGUUCUUUGACCUUUAUUUUCAGAUAAAGCACCAAAGCGUUACUAAGCAAUUCGCUUCUUUCAAAGCUGUAGCAGCGAGUUGCUAGGCAACUAUUGGCCGUUUCACCCACUUAUCUUGAGAUUGGCAUAUCUCGAACAGACUUUUCUAUCUUUCACUUCCCUGUUACGUAAAGAUAGUGGACUUCUGUCUUCUGGUGGUCUUCUGUAGAGUUCCAUCGCUUAUUUUAGGUUUGGAGGAGUUUUGUCGGACGAUAGCAGCUUAUUUCUGUUAGUUUACAUUGAAAAUCGUUAAAAGAUAUCCAAUAUGCAUGGACUCACAAGAAUCACCACCUUGGCCCUUCCCAAGCACAUUCGAAGUGCCUCGCCAGCUUUGUCACAAUGCAGGGUGCAGUCUACGGCGCCCAAGCCGCAGCGCAAGGAGCGCAAGAUGGACAAGGUGGUCAAGGACUCCAAGUCGUUCGUGCUCAACAUGUUCAAGGGGUUGGCGCAGACGGAGCAGGUGUUCCCCUACCCGGACGUACUGACAGAAGAGCAGCGCGAGACUAUCGAGUCCGUGCUCGACCCGGUCGAGAAGUUCUUCACUGAACAGAACGACGCGGCGCGCAAUGACGCGACGGAGACGAUCGACGAGGUCACCCUGCAGGGACUGCGCGAACUGGGCGCCUUCGGACUGCAGGUGCCCCAGGAGCUGGACGGCGUCGGCCUGUCCAACACGCAGUACGGCAGGAUGACCGAGAUCGUUGGCGCGCACGACCUCGGAGUGGCCAUCACCAUGGGAGCUCACCAGAGCAUCGGCUUCAAGGGUAUCCUGCUGUUCGGAACGCCAGAGCAGAAGCAGAAGUACCUGCCGAAGCUGGCCGUCGGAGAGAAGAUGGCCGCCUUCUGUCUUACCGAGCCGGCCUCUGGCAGCGACGCCAGCUCCAUCAAGACGCGCGCCGUGCCGACCGAAGACGGCAAGCACUACAUUCUCAACGGUAGCAAGAUCUGGAUCUCCAACGGCGGCUUCGCCGAGGUGAUGACCGUCUUCGCCCAGACGCCCGUAAAGGAUGAGACCACGGGAGAGGUGAAGGACAAGGUGACCGCCUUCAUCGUGGAGAGGGGUUUCGGCGGAGUCACCAGCGGUCCGCCAGAGAAGAAGAUGGGCAUCAAGGCGUCCAACACGGCCGAGGUCUACUACGAGGACGUCAAGGUGCCGGCUGAGAAUGUGCUCGGCGGCAUCGGCGGAGGAUUCAAGGUGGCGAUGAACAUCCUCAACAACGGCCGCUUCGGCAUGGUGACUGCGCUGACAGGUACCAUGCGCUACUCGAUGCAGAAGGCCAUCGACCACGCCACUAACCGCACCCAGUUCGGACGCAGGAUUGACUCGUUCGGGACCAUUCAGGAGAAGCUGGCGCGUAUGGCUCUGCUGCACUACGUCACCGAGUCGAUGGGCUACAUGAUCUCGUCCAACAUGGACCGCGGAUCGGUCGACUUCCAGCUGGAGGCCGCCAUCAGUAAGGUGUUUGCCUCCGAGGCGGCCUGGACAGUCACCGAUGAAGCCAUCCAGGUGAUGGGCGGCAUGGGCUACAUGAAGGACGCCGGCCUGGAGCGCGUGCUCCGCGACCUGCGCAUCUUCCGCAUCUUCGAGGGAACCAACGACAUCCUGCGCAUCUUUGUGGCGCUCACCGGUCUUCAGUCGGCCGGCGGAUACCUGAAGGAGCUGCAGCGGGCGCUCAAGAACCCGGCCGCCAACAUGGGCAUGAUCUUUAGCGAGGGUGUGACGCGCGCGCGCCGGGCCGUCGGCCUCACUGGCGGCAUCUCGCUGGAUGAGCACGUGGACCCGGACCUGCGACCGGCGGCUCAGCUGGCGGGACGGGCCAUCGAGGCUUUCGGUCACACGUCUGAGCAGAUGCUGAUGCGUUACGGCAAGAACGUGGUGGACGAGCAGUUCCUGCUGAACCGUCUGGCUGAGGCGGCCAUCGACCUGUACGCCAUGACCGUGGUGCUCUCCCGCGCCACCAGGUCGGCCAAGCUGAACCAUCCUUCAGCGGAACUGGAGAAGAAGAUGGCUACCGUCUGGUGUAACGAGGCCUCUGACAGGAUCCAGCUGAAUCUGACGGCCAUCAGCUCCAAGGUAGCCAACGAGAACUUCAAGAACCUGGCCACCAUCUCUAGAGCGAUGUGCGACAAGGGAGGCAUCGUCACUACGCACCCGCUGGAGAAGUAAGGUGGCCACCUGACGGCGACCCCGUCAACUACAGCCGCCGAGGCGCCGCACAGAGGGCAGUGAGGCGUAGGUGGCCCAGUUCGGUACCGGUAUAUCGGAUUUAUAGCGGCUUGAGAAUCGCUGGCAGACGUUAGUCCACUGAAAGGUCUAUUCUGAAAGGAAAUGAAAUCAAAGCCGAUUUUAGCGUGUGUAUAGUGUAUAUGAUCACAGAUCAGUGUAUAUUUGGAUUAUAUUUGAACGAAUAUCUGUAUAAACGGUUGAAUAUAAUAUCAUGGAUUUUGUGAGCAUUGUAGGCCAAAUUUCGAGGUCCUUUCUGCAUUCAUAGUUAAUUUUCUUUCUGAUCGGCUUCAAAUUAUCGAUGGCGAUUAUUGGUUGAGAAAUGGUUUUCACUUUUAUCGAUAUAAGGUGUACUUCAAAUGCCGCAUUAUUCUGCAUAAUGCUGCGCGUAUGAACGGAUGCGAGGAAUGGUUGUUGAAGCAAUUAUCAAUGCAAGCAGUACUCAUUCUUUGGUCAGUUGCCACUCAAGCUGAGUUUUCCCUAUUAUUUAGUGCUAAUAUCGCUAAAAAGGCCGCCUGAUUUUCUUUCUCUGAUAUUGGUCUUUAGUUUCCGCCUAUCAUUUGCUUUUUCGUUUGUGUGCGGGUUUUGGACCGUCGCUAUUUACCGAAUCGUGUAAGGUCUCCUCCCACGGAGCCUGCCCGGCGAAGUGUGCUGUGUCUGUGCUCUUUGGGAUGUUGCUGUGUGUUGCCGUCCGUCGGAGAGGGUACAGUCGUACCCUGCGGACGCUGUACCGUGCUGCAUCAAUACAGAUUCAGUAGUUUU